GGGCUGCGGGGACACUACCUGCUCUUCGACUGCCCCGGGCAGGUGGAGCUCUACACCCACCACCAGGCCCUCAAGAACGUCUUGGCCCAGCUGGCCAAGUGGAAUUUCAGGCUGGCUGCCGUGCACCUGGUGGACUCCCACUACUGCACAGACCCCGGCAAGUUCAUCUCCGUGCUCUGCACCUCGCUGUCCACCAUGCUGCACGUGGAGCUGCCCCACGUCAACGUCCUCUCCAAGAUGGACCUGAUCGAGCACUACGGGAAGCUGGCUUUCAACCUGGAUUAUUACACCGAGGUGCUGGACCUCUCUUACCUCGUGGACCACCUGGCCUCCGAUCCCUUCUUCAGGAAUUUCCGCCGCCUCAACGAGAAGCUGGUGGAGGUGAUUGAGGACUACAGCCUGGUGUCCUUCGUGCCCCUCAACGUCCAGGACAAGCAGAGCAUGAGGCAGGUGCUGCAGGCUGUGGACAAGGCCAAUGGAUAUUCCUUCGGGGAGCGGGAGCAGCGCAGCCUGGAGGCGCUCAUGUCGGCGGCUGUGGGCGCCGACUUCCACUUCUCCUCCACCCUGGCAGUGCAGGAGAAGUAUGUGCAAUCUCAGGACAAAGCUGUGGAAGAGGAGGUGAUGGAUCUGUGACACGCCCUUCCCCGGCUCCUCUGUUUUGACACCUCUCCUUUUCCUACCCGGAGUUCAGCUGUGACUCAGAGCCAUGGGAAACCUUUCCAGGCAGAGUCUGGACCCUCUGUGGGUAGGUUGGACCUCCCGAGCUUCAGGCCUGCUGCCCAGAGCAGGGCUUUGGCAGAAGGGAGGUGGCCGAGGGUCUUCCCUUAGGAACAGAGAGAUUGAGCCAGGGAAGGCAGGGGGAGCAAGGAAAAGCAGUGGGAUGAGGUCUCCUCCAUCUUGAUCAAGACAGAUCCAGAGAAGAAAAAUCAGCAGGAGCUGCCUGGUGCAGUGAGAGUGGAGGCAGCAGGCCUGGGUGUGCUGCGGGAGGAGCGAGCACAGGCCCCACACUCCCAGCAGAAUCCAGGCCAGCACGCCUCCACGCCGUCCCAAGGACAGAAAGAUGUUUGUUUUUCUUUUUCUUAGAAAUAAUGAUGGACUCUUUCUUAAUAAAACGCUCCUCCGUCUCACUUUCA